AACACAACAAAGUGUUUGCCUUCCCCCUUCAGAUAUCUUCAUUUUCAUUUUCAUCUUCUUCCUCUUUCUUUCUGUUCUUUGUUUUCUUCAAAUACUGCCCUUUCAUUUUCCUUAGUUGUUGUUAAAAAGAAAAUGUGUGGGAUUUUAGCUGUUUUGGGCUGUUCUGAUGAUUCUCAGGCAAAAAGGGUUCGGGUGCUGGAACUUUCCCGUAGGCUGAAGCACCGUGGUCCUGACUGGAGUGGCCUCUACCAACAUGGAGACUGUUAUUUGGCCCAUCAACGCCUUGCCAUCAUUGAUCCUGCUUCCGGUGACCAACCUCUCUUUAAUGAAGACAAGUCUAUUGUUGUCACUGUCAAUGGAGAGAUUUACAACCAUGAAGAACUAAGGAAGAAGUUGGCCCACCACAAGUUCAGGACUGGCAGUGACUGCGAUGUUAUUGCCCAUCUGUAUGAGGAGUAUGGUGAAGACUUUGUGGACAUGUUGGAUGGAAUCUUCUCAUUUGUGCUGCUGGAUACCCGUGACAACAGCUUCGUCGUUGCACGCGAUGCUAUUGGUGUCACCUCCCUCUAUAUUGGCUGGGGACUUGAUGGUUCGGUUUGGAUAUCGUCCGAAUUGAAAGGGUUGAAUGAUGAUUGUGAACAUUUUGAAAGCUUUCCCCCUGGUCACUUGUACUCUAGCAAAUCAGGAGGAUUUAGAAGGUGGUACAAUCCACCUUGGUUCUCUGAGGCCAUUCCAUCCGUUCCAUAUGAUCCCCUGGUUCUUAGACGUGCCUUUGAAAAUGCGGUGACCAAAAGACUGAUGACUGAUGUGCCUUUUGGAGUUUUGCUUUCUGGAGGCCUUGAUUCAUCAUUGGUUGCUUCUAUCACUGCUCGUUAUUUGGCUGGUACCAAGGCUGCCAAACAGUGGGGAGCUCAGCUCCAUUCUUUCUGCGUUGGCCUAGAGGGUUCACCAGAUUUGAAGGCAGCAAGGGAGGUUGCAGACUAUCUGGGCACCGUCCAUCAUGAAUUUCAUUUCACUGUUCAAGAUGGAAUCGAUGCCAUCGAAGAUGUCAUCUACCACAUCGAAACAUAUGACGUCACCACAAUCAGGGCAAGCACUCCUAUGUUCUUGAUGUCAAGAAAGAUCAAGUCACUAGGUGUGAAGAUGGUUAUCUCUGGUGAAGGCUCUGAUGAGAUCUUUGGUGGAUACCUGUACUUCCACAAGGCACCAGAUAAGGAUGAAUUCCACCGGGAGACAUGCCGCAAGAUCAAGGCCCUUCACCAAUAUGAUUGCCUGAGAGCUAACAAAGCAACAUCAGCAUGGGGAUUAGAGGCACGAGUCCCCUUCUUAGACAAAGAAUUUAUCAAUGUUGCCAUGUCUAUAGACCCUGAAGCGAAGAUGAUAAAAAAAGAUGAAGGACGCAUCGAGAAGUGGGUUCUAAGAAGGGCCUUCGAUGACGAAGAACAUCCCUAUCUGCCAAAGCAUAUCCUCUACAGACAAAAAGAACAGUUCAGUGAUGGUGUCGGUUAUAGUUGGAUCGAUGGUCUCAAGGCCCAUGCUGCCCGACAUGUGACCGAUAAGAUGAUGUUCAAUGCUUCUUUCAUAUUUCCUCACAACACACCAACUACAAAAGAAGCAUAUUACUACAGGAUGAUUUUUGAGAGGUUUUUCCCUCAGAACUCGGCUAGAUUGACUGUCCCUGGAGGAGCUAGUGUGGCAUGCAGCACAGCUAAAGCUGUUGAGUGGGACGCUGCCUGGAAAAACAACCUUGACCCUUCGGGCCGGGCUGCCUUGGGGGUUCAUCUCUCUGCUUAUGACGCAGAGACUCCCCUCAGCAACAAGCCAUCCAAGGUUAUUGAUAGUAUACCACGGAUGGACUUUCCUGGAGUUGCCAUACAGAGUUAAUGCCUGCCUACUGGAAGACAACAGAAUGUAUGAAUUAUUUAAUAAAAUGAGUAGGAGCUGUGGCAUGUCCAAAUGUAUGAAGUAUUUAAUAAAAUGAGUAGGAGCUGUGGCAUGUCCAUCAAACUUCCGAAUACAUUGUUGUAUAAUAUAGGUGAUAUUUACGAGUACCAAGAGAUUCUGUGAUCAUCGUAUCAUCUUUUGUUAUCAUCAAUCUAUUGGUUCUUUGUGUUAUUUAAGUGUGUAAUCAAUAGUUUGUAGUGGAAGUUAAUCAUGAAUGAGAAUCUUCCCUUUUGUUGGUGUAA